AUGCCAACAUCGUCCGUCAAUUCUUCACUGUCGAAAUGUCCGGAGAAGCGUCAGGAGUUAACAGCGGAUCAAGUAUUCCUUCUUUAUCGAAAAGGUGUGACUGAACAACGAAAAGGCAAUUUCUCUCUGGCUUUACAUUGCCUCCAACCGCUAAUCCCGUUUUUCUGCAACACACCAUUGAUAUGGGUUCGAAUUAUCGAGAUUGGCAUUCGACUUUUGUACUAUAGAUUGCUUACAUAA